AUGGCCGAGAAGAAGAAGAUUGUCAUCGUCGGCGCAGGCCCUGUGGGUUCAUUGGCGGCUCUUUAUGCAAGCUCCCGGGGUUAUGAAGUUGAAGUCUAUGAGCUUCGCGGUGAUCUUCGCAAUGCUGAAACGACCCCACUGAAUUUCACCAAAUCUAUCAACCUGGCUUUAUCUGAACGUGGCAUCAAUGCUCUUCGUUCAGCUGCGGAUGAAACUCUUCUCAACCGCCUGCUGGCCCAGACCAUCCCUAUGCAUGGUCGCAUGAUCCAUACACGAUCAGCAACUGGGGCACUGUCCCAGCAGAGCCAACUCUACGAUGUUCAUGGCCGUUUCCAACGGUCAGUCGACCGUGGUGGCCUGAACGAUAUUUUGCUUGACCACCUAGACUCCUUGCCAAAUGUCACUUUCUUUUUCCAGCAUAAGUUGACAGGUGCGGAUUUUCGACAAAAGAAGGCUUGGUUUGAAGUGAUGAAUAAAUCCACACCUUCUUCUGGACGAGCAAGGGAAAUUGAGAUAGACUUUGACCUCUUGAUCGGAGCUGACGGUGCACACUCGGCUGCACGAUUUCACAUGAUGAAGUUCGCUCGAAUGAACUAUCAACAGGACUAUAUCGACUGCUUAUGGUGCGAAUUCACCAUGCCUCCAACAGCAUCAAAUGAGUUCGCGAUCCACCCAAAUCGGCUGCAUAUUUGGCCCGCGGGCAACUUCAUGUUUAUCGCCUUGCCAAACCUUGACAAGUCUUUUGUCUGCACAUUGUUCGGACCCGUCGAACUCUUCAACAAGCUUGAGGCGGGAUCAGAUAAAGAGCUUGUUUCAAUGUUUGACAAGCAUUUUCCGGGAGUGUCCACCCAUAUCAGGCCAGUGGACUUGGUGGCCCAGUUCAAACGUAAUCCACAUCUCCCACUCGUCAAUAUCAAAUGCUCUCCACAUCAUUAUGGUGACAGCGUCGUUAUUAUUGGGGAUGCUGCCAAUGCUAUGGUUCCCUUCUACGGGCAGGGAAUGAAUGCUGGUCUGGAAUCAGUCAGGGUCCUGUUUGCCAAACUCGACGAAUCACAAAACACGGCUCAAGCACUUGCUGCUUACACUGAAGAACGUAUAACAGACGCACAUGCCAUUGCAGACUUGGCAAUAGCAAAUUAUAUUGAGAUGAGAUCGUCAGUCACCUCACCCUUUUAUAAGCUGAGGAAGUACAUCGAGGAAAGCCUUGACAAGUACCUACCUGCACUAGGUUGGGCGACGCAGUACUCCCGUGUGAGUUUCAGCAAUAUGAGAUACAGUGAAGUCAUUCAAAGAUCUCGGCGUCAACAAUUCAUCCUCACAUGGAUUCUCCGCUCGUCGGUACUAGUAGGACUCUAUGGUGGUGCGACCAUACUGCCAUAUCUUUUGUCGCGACGCUCUCAAAGAUUCUUGGGUCGUGUAUGA